UUCAGUUUGACUUGUCUACGUCCGGCCGCUGCACACAUUCAACUGACUCAAGAUGCUGAUGGAGGAGGAGUCACCUCGGUCGGGUCCGCCGGCCGCCUCGGAGACCGAGAGCGAGCUGAGCCUCUCCGACUGCGGCUCCCCCUGUCACUCGCCCGUGCCCAGCCUGGAACCGCCACCGCUCGUGCACGCCGCGUACGCAGCGCCGCCGUCCGGCGUGCGGCGAGUCAUCCGAAAACUGUUUACCAACUCGCGCGAGAGAUGGCGCCAGCAGAACGUCAGUGGCGCUUUUGAGGAGUUGCGCCGCCUAGUGCCCGCCCACCCGCCGGACAAGAAGCUCUCGAAGAACGAGAUCCUGCGUCUCUCCAUCCGCUACAUCCGGCUUCUGAGCUCGGUGCUGGAAUGGCAGGACCGGCAGCUGGAGCUGCAGGACGAGCCGCCACUGGUCAAGCAGGAGGUCACCGAGCAAGACGCGGCGCUAGACUGUCAACGGUCGUGCUGA